AUGGCAGUGUCAGUUCCUGUAGCACAAGGGGAGGACCCCCCCCAGGGGCUGGGUCGGACCUACCCUGUCCCAGAGGGUGCAGCCAGCUCAAACCCCAGAGCAGAGACAGCUAGUGCUGCCCAAAGACUAGGGUGUGCACGAGGGCGGGGCGUGGACUACACUUCCCGAAAUGCCUCGGGAAGGGGUGGGGUUUGGGAGCGGCCGCCAGGCCCUGGCCAGGCGUGCGCAGGGGUUCUUGGGAGUGGCGAGGCGGGGCCUCGCGGCUGUCAGCUGUGGCCCGGGGGCGCCCGGGCGGGGUGGCGGUGGCCAUUGGCCCAGAGGCGGUCCAGGGUGGGGUCUCGGUGCGCCGCUUCCAGCUGGGCCGGGCGAGUCGAGGCGUCCGCGGGCCGGGGCGACCCGGGCAGGGAUGCAUCGAACCGGCGUGGCCAUGGCAGAGGCGCCACUGAAAGUGUGCAUCGUGGGCUCGGGGAACUGGGCAAUGAUGAGGACCCCAAGGGGCUGAAGAUCAACUCCAACAUCAUCCUUGAGAAGAUGGGCAUCAACAUCAGUGUGCUGAUGGGUGCCAAUAUAGCCAGCGAGGUGGCUGGCAAGAAGUUCUAUGAGACCACCAUCAGUGAACCACCCAGGGGAGACAUGGAGGUCUCUCCUGCGUGUUCCCCUCCCUCCUUGCUCUCCCCUGUGCUGCUAGAGUGGAACCCAGGGCUUGGCGCAUGCUCCACCCCAGAGCUGCCCCAGCCUGUUCCCCAUACUGUCUGUGGUGGGCCUGGGGGUGGGCGGGUUAUGUGCAGAACCAUUCUGUGCCUCUGAAGUGGUCCA